AUGAAAGGUCUUUUGUUGCUUGGUUGCUUUUUAGCUGUCCGUGCUUAUAAUGACCUCGAUAUGGGCUUCUUCCUUAUUCCGCGCAAUCAAGCAAUUGAUGCCCCGGUGAUGGCUUUGGCCUUAACUAGAGCAAGCGAACUAGAGAUACAACAUCUUUCUCAGGACAGUCAUGCCCAACUCUUCAUCCAAGAAAGAGUACGUAAAGGCAAGAUUUGUCUUAAACACCAUCCAGACAACUGCAUUCGCAUUGCCAAAGUACCUAUCUCCCAAGGCUCUACCUUUGUUAAGAAGUACAAAAUGUGCUCAGUGACUAAACUAGCUACUGCUAAGCUCUUUUUAGAAGUCACGCCGUAUUCCCAGCAAGUUAUGGUUCGUAUUCAUGAAUGUCGAGCUCUUUGUGUUUAUUCACACCACCGCCGCCAACCACUCGGCAGUAAAAACUACUUCGUUAACUUAGGCUUCUGUCGAGCCGGACAAAUGAACAAUCUCUUUACCUUUAUUGAUGAAACCCAAAUCGAGUCCUAUCUAGCCGACCGCCAUCUUGACCGCCAUUUACUUGAUCAUUAUAAUCCCCAAUCCGACGAUACAGAUGCACUCAACCACAUAGUUUCCCACGCUCUUAGCUACCCGCCUACGUUCAGCAACAUCCCCACCUCUAAACUCGUUCGGGCCAACUCUAUAAUCCCACCCGUCCUACCCCGCAUAUAUACUACUCACGUGUAA